UAAAGCGCUGCUUGUGCGCGCGAGCCCCGAACCUCGUGCUUUACCCACUGAAUCUGCACUAUUCCAGCCCUAGCAACCUCAAGACAUGGAUUUCCAAUUUACAUUCGGUCCCAACAACGCGUACUUCAUUAAGACCGAUACCAAGUGGGGAUGGAGCGCCGGCUACAAGCUUCCUGAACCUCUCCGUCGCGUCCUUGAAGAUCCAAAUCAUCCAGAAUACAAUCAGUUUCCGUAUGAUGUUGCACUAGCCAUGGAGCCUGGCGUCUAUGCGAUGUGUUGGAGGACAAAAACGGGUCAAGAUUAUUUCGAACCCGACUACCUUGGACCCGCGUAUGCAAAAUUGGCCGAGUUCCUCGCAAAUCGGACGAGUCGGACCACGUUUGGACCGAACCGAAGCUAUUUCUCGACGAAUCAACUCGGUCUGAGCUGGCAGAAUCUCCCGCUUGGGCUCGAAAAAGACAUCAUGAAUCGCAUCAAAGCAGGCCGUCCGCAGAACGUCGCACUGGGAAUGAACGGCAGCUGGGUCGUUCUCUACGAUGAUGGUGUGAUAUCGUACAAUCUCUCCGGAUUGUACCCGGAGCUGAAAAAGAUCCUGGACGACGGAGAGGAUCGAAAACGACGGAAUUCGAUUGUGUUCGUGGCACUGAGCCCGUACAAUGCCACCAACUUCUUUCUCGCCUUUGGGGACAGUUCCACCAUCUUCGAUCUUCCGAACGAGAUGCAUGCAACGGUCCGACAGAUCUGCACGUCUAUCCGCCCGUUGGCAUCAGCAGCGCGACCGCCGGGCGCCCAACCGGACAACAUGAUCGGUGCGGUUGGAAACUUUGCAUUGGCUGUUCAGGCGAACAACGCUAUGAAUUCUCUGUUCUACUACCGCCCAUGAAUCAAUUCCUUUCUUCUCGGAAGAUCAAAUCUGAAUCAAGCACGCAGCUACAACUCGACAUUACGUGAAUGAGGACCCUUCGCCUCGAGUUUGUCACUUUGGGUGUGCAAACAACGGAGGUCGCCAGAUACCCGUCACGGUAUGCUGACGCGUAUACGUGGCACGGGUCGUGACUGUUCCUCGUGAGGACCGCACCGGUAAUCUAUCUGCCCACCUGCGUGGCUUCGACCAGAGCUUAGUCAAGAGAUUGGUCAGUCGUCCACUAAUGCGGGUGAGAUCGGCAUGCGGUUCAGCUAUUUAUUAGCACCGCUGCAAGUAAUGGUACCUCAGCGACUUAAUCGAGUCUUACUUUCUCCUUUCACCUUCUCACCGAUGGCCAGCCUUACUCUCUCGUCGACCGUUCGACUCAACUCGGGCUACUCUAUGCCCUUGUUGGGCUUUGGCGUCUAUCAGAACCAAAAUGCGCGACCGAGCGUCCUGGAAGCAUUCAAAGCAGGAUAUAGGCACAUCGACUCAGCGCAGGUAUACGAGAACGAAGGAGCUGUGGGGGAGGCAGUCAAGGAGAGCUCGAUUCCUCGAGAUGAUCUAUUCAUAACCACCAAAUGUCAUUCCGAGAAGCAUGGUUACGAGAGCACUCUUGCUGGAGUGAACGCAUCGUUGGUCCAGUUCGGAUUUGAUUAUAUCGACCUCUUUCUCAUUCACGAUCCUAUGUCUGGGUCUGAGCGCCGCUUAGCCACUUACAAAGCCCUACUCGAAUCCAAGGCUGCCGGGAAGAUCCGCACUGUGGGGGUGUCCAACUAUGGCGUUCACCAUCUCGAAGAGAUCAAAAAGGCAGGAAUGGAGAUGCCUGCCGUGAACCAAAUCGAGUUGCAUCCCCUCUGCCAACAAAAGGCGAUCGUCGACUAUUGCAAGGCUAACUCGAUCGUGGUCCAAGCGUAUUGUCCCAUCAUUCGGGGGAAGAUGGAUCAUCCAUCAAUCACCAGCAUCGCUGAGAAGCACAAACGCGAGCCCGCUCAAGUGUUGCUUCGGUGGUCAUUGCAGAAAGGCUUCGUUCCGUUGCCCAAGAGCGAAACCCCUUCUCGAAUUCACGCCAAUACUAAAUUGUACGAUUUCCAGCUGGAUGAGGAGGACAUGUCGGCCCUUGAUGCCAUGGAUCAGGGCAAGGACGGCGCUAUCAGCUGGAACCCUGUCAAUGCGCCCUAAAUACGCAAUCUCUAAUAUAUAAUCCAUAUGCCCCC